AUGAAGGCCCCAGUCUCGACCGAAUCAUGGAAAGGCAUUCUUGAUACUACCAAAGCGAGCAAAUGCAGUAUUUCCGUAAACUGCGACCCAUCCAUUGAGGAUGAAUACUGUCUGGUCUACACUUCUUCGCGAAAUAUUACAGACCAAUUACCCGCCAUGCUAGAUUUCUACGGGGGUGCAUUUGAAGCGGGUUGUGCCACCUAUCAGUUCGGACCCGGCGAGCUUGUUAGCGAAGACUUGAUAUUUCUGACUUUUAACUACAGGUGGGGAAUUUACGGCUUUUUGUCAACAGGAGAUGAUGUGAUAUUGGGAAAUGCCGGAUUAAAAGACUAG